AGCCGAGGAGGGGGAGGGGCGAGCCAACGACACGGCUCUCUUUUCCGAUAAAGGACCUAGCCGGGGAAUCGUGUGUGAGUGGAUCUGAUGUUGUAGCCAUUGUGAUCGGGUCUGCCGAUCUCGGGGUACACGUGCACAUCCGCUGAUCGCAGCACCCCAGAUCUACUCGCUGCCGAUCAGGAAAGGGGGGUCCCAUACACCGCAGGGCCAUGGACGAAGAUCGUGCCGGGGAACAGAUGAGACCUCUGCUGACUACGGGGCACGAUGAGGAAGCUGUAGUUGAUCUGGGGAAAACCAGCUCUAGUAUUAACACCAACUUUGAGAAGGAAGAGCUAGAAAGUCACAGAGCUGUUUAUAUCGGUGUACAUGUACCCCUUGGCAGACAAAGUCGGAGAAGACACAGACAUCGGGGCCACCGACAUCACCGAAAGAGAAAAGAAAAAGAAAAUGACAAAGAUGAUGGCCGGGAAUCUCCAAAUCAUGAUACCCCCUCACAGCGUGUGCAGUUUAUUCUGGGUACUGAGGAUGAUGAUGAAGAGCACAUACCGCAUGACCUCUUCACCGAGAUGGAUGAGCUUUGUUUUCGAGAUGGAGAGGAAUGUGAAUGGAAGGAGACCGCAAGAUGGCUGAAAUUUGAGGAAGAUGUUGAAGAUGGUGGAGACAGAUGGAGUAAGCCUUACGUGGCCACGCUUUCACUACACAGUCUGUUUGAACUGAGAAGCUGCAUACUUAAUGGCACAGUGAUGUUGGACAUGAGAGCCAGCACUAUAGACGACAUAGCAGAUAUGGUACUGGACAACAUGAUUGCGUCAGGACAGCUGGAUGAAUCCAUGAGGGAGUAUGUCAGAGAAGCUCUCUUAAAGAGACAUCACCAUCAGAACGAGAAGAAGCUGAGUAACCGUAUCCCCCUGGUGCGGUCCUUCGCUGACAUAGGCAAGAAACAUUCUGAUCCUCACUUGCUUGAACGAAACGGCCUUUCAGCCUCCCGUAAUUCAUUGCGAGCCGAAUCUCGCUUAUCGCUUCUCCUCAAUUACCUUCUACCUCCCUCGAGAGUUGGAACCCCAGCUGGCUCCCAGCAUACGACCCCUGUACCGACCCCCCAAAACACACCGCCCAGCACCCCUAAAUUUGAUCGGUUGCCGUCUACAAGUUCUCAGCAGAGUGAAUGGGUCCCAUUGACACUGCAGUGUGCUGGCGAUGAUAUCCCUACUGUAAUAAUUCACCCACCUGAUGAGGAGGAUGAAAAUGAGGAAGCCUUGGACCCAAAGAAAGAAGAUUUUCAUGACUUUGAUCCAGGGCUGCUAUCUUCUCCACAGUCAACACCAGCAAACCUGGACACUGGUAGAUUAUCGGAGCUCAAGCGGAACGGAACUGGAGGAGGUAGCCAGGAGAAUAGCACAGUUGACUUUAGCAAGGUUGACAUGAACUUUAUGAGGAAGAUCCCCCCAGGAGCUGAGGCAUCAAAUGUUUUAGUGGGAGAAGUAGAUAAUUUGGAUCGACCGAUUAUAGCCUUUGUGAGGUUGAGUCCGGCUGUCCUUCUAUCUGGACUUACAGAAGUACCAGUCCCAACUAGGUUUUUGUUUGUAUUAUUGGGUCCAACUGGAAAAGCUGCUCAGUAUCAUGAGAUUGGAAGAUCAAUAGCUACUCUAAUGACUGAUGAGAUAUUCCAUGAUGUUGCCUACAAGGCAAAAGACAGAAAUGAUCUGCUAGCAGGAAUAGAUGAGUUCUUAGACCAAGUAACGGUCCUACCUCCUGGGGAGUGGGAUCCAUCUAUACGCAUUGAGCCACCAAAAAGUGUUCCUUCUCAGGAAAAGCGUAAAAUCCCAACCAUCCCAAAUGGUUCAACGCCAACAGGUGAGACGUUCAAAGAGGAACAACACCAUGCUGGCCCAGAGCUCCAGAGAACUGGAUGGCUUUUUGGUGGUUUGAUGCAUGACAUCAAAAGGAAAGCACCUUUUUUCUUGAGUGACUUCAAGGAUGCAUUAAGCCUGCAGUGCCUGGCCUCCGUUCUUUUCCUAUACUGUGCCUGUAUGUCUCCUGUAAUCACUUUUGGAGGUCUCCUGGGAGAAGCCACACAAAACAGAAUAAGUGCAAUAGAGUCUCUCUUUGGAGCAUCACUAACGGGCAUUGCCUAUUCUCUAUUUGCUGGACAACCGCUCACCAUAUUGGGAAGCACGGGACCUGUCUUAGUUUUCGAAAAGAUUCUUUUUAAGUUUUGCAAAGAUUUCAAACUGUCCUACCUGCCUUUGCGUACCAGUAUCGGCUUGUGGACAGCGUUCCUCUGUUUAUUACUGGUGGCCACAGAUGCAAGCAGCUUGGUCUGUUAUAUUACGCGAUUCACAGAAGAAGCAUUUGCUGCUCUCAUUUGCAUAAUCUUUAUUUACGAAGCACUGGAGAAGCUGUACGACUUGGCAGAAAAAUAUGUUUUCAAUAUGCACAAUGAUCUCGACAUGCUGACAAAAUACUCAUGUGUUUGUGCUGAGCCAGACAACCCUGACAAUAAGACGCUGGCCUUUUGGAGUGACACGAAUAUUACUGCCAGUGAAGUAACAUGGAAUAACCUCACUGUCUCUGAGUGUAUUGCACAUCAUGGUUCAUAUGCAGGUUCUGCCUGUGGUCAACAUGGUCCUUAUAUUCCCGAUGUCUUCUUCUGGUCUGUCAUCUUAUUCUUUACAACAUUCUAUCUCUCAUCUUUUCUGAAACAGUUCAAGACCAAGAAUUAUUUUCCCACCAAGGUACGCUCUACAGUAAGUGAUUUUGCGAUCUUCCUCACAAUAGUCAUUAUGGUAGCCAUUGACUAUCUCGUGGGUGUUCCUUCUCCAAAGCUGCACGUUCCUGAAAAAUUUGAGCCCACAUUAAAGGGCCGAGGAUGGUUUAUAGAUCCUUUGGGAACAAAUCCUUGGUGGACUCUACUGGCCGCUGCUAUCCCCGCCUUGCUUUGUACCAUUCUAAUCUUUAUGGAUCAGCAAAUCACAGCUGUGAUUAUUAAUCGAAAAGAACACAAACUGAAGAAAGGGUGUGGCUACCAUCUUGACUUAUUCAUGGUUGCCAUCAUGCUGGGCGUUUGCUCUCUCAUGGGUUUGCCAUGGUUCGUAGCUGCAACUGUUCUAUCCAUCAGCCAUGUUAACAGCUUAAAAGUGGAAUCUGAAUGUUCCGCUCCAGGAGAGCAGCCAAAAUUCCUGGGCAUCAGAGAGCAGAGAGUGACAGGUCUUCUGAUCUUUGUUCUGAUGGGACUGUCUGUAUUUAUGACCUCUGUUUUAAAGUUCAUUCCAAUGCCAGUUCUGUAUGGUGUCUUUCUGUAUAUGGGAGUGUCUUCUCUAAAGGGUAUCCAGUUCUUCGACCGGAUAAAGCUAUUUGGAAUGCCAGCCAAACAUCAGCCAGACCUCAUCUACCUCCGUUAUGUCCCCCUCUGGAAAGUGCAUGUGUUCACUGUCAUCCAACUCACUUGCCUCGUUCUUUUAUGGGUCAUCAAAGUAUCUGAAGCUGCUGUUGUGUUUCCCAUGAUGGUCCUUGCUCUGGUGUUUAUUCGCAAAUUAUUGGACUUCUGUUUCACCAAACGUGAGCUAAGCUGGUUGGAUGAUUUGAUACCUGAAAGUAAGAAAAAGAAAGAGGAUGAUAAGAAGAAAAAGGAAAAGGAGGAAGCCGAGCGAAUGCUCCACACGGAGGACAGUGACAAUGUUCAAUUGGCUUAUGAUGGCAGGAAUCUUCUUCAGAUUCCAGUGAAGAGCUUAAAGUACAGCCUUGAUCCAUCAGUUGUAAACAUAUCAGAUGAGAUGGCAAAAACAGCACAAUGGAAGGCCCUUUCAAUGAAUCCUGAAAAUGCCAAAACCUCCAAGUCUAACCAGAGCCCUGACAAACCAGUAAAUUUAAAAAUCACAAUUGAAGACGAAUCUCUCCGCAAGUACGUGGACGCCGAGACCUCUGUGUAGAGCCGAGUCCAGAAGAGUGUGUGUGUCCUGUAUGUAUGUACGUCAACGUGAGCGUGAAUGUACGUGUUUCCAAUCACUAUCAGACCAUCAAAGUGUGAAAACAUUUCCAAAUACUGUGUGUACGCCUGAUAAAUUAUUAGCACUGUAAAUACUGUAUAGGAUCUAAAAUGGACUGUAUCCAGCUGUAAUAAUAUGCCACAGAAUGAUCACUCAACAAUUAUUUAUUCAAUAGGAGUUUUUAUAGACCUUUUUUUUAAAAUUGAUUUUAUUGUAUAUUUAAAAGCCUGUCAUCCAGCAAUACUGUUUAAAUACCUGACAACUCCAUUUGUCAUUCCCAUAACUUCUAUAUAAUUAAUUCCCAUGUGGAUGUAUAUUUUAAUGAUUUUUUUUCUUGUAUGUUUUUAUAGGUUUCUGUAAUUUCAUAUGUCACCCAGCUCAUCAGCUCAAUCCAUUUGCAGUAAUACAAUAAGGCCA